AUGAGCAGUAUAUCGGCAGAACCGUCUCAGGUCUCCGAGACUGGGACCUAUCUCGAUCACAUUUCGAGCCCGGAUGUCGACUUUGACCAUAUCAAAUCAACCAUGACGUGCACGAAGUUUCACGAUUCGAUCUGGGGUUUCGUGAUAUAUCGGUGCUCUCAAGGUAACCAGGCAGCUUGGGAUCGCCUGCUGCAGGCCUUGCGCAGCGAGGUCCAAGACAGUCUCAGAUACUACAUCCGCCCAGAUUUGUUGGAAUUCCAUGAUCUUCACGUCAUCGACGACAAGUCACUCUACGGGGCCACGUCCCACCAAGUCCGAGAUCAUUUCCAAGCCUGGGUCCCAAAGAACCUUGAGGACCGUGUCCGGCCGGGUGCCACUAACUUGGACGACGACGUGGACUGGCAUUACGCGACAUCUACGCCCAGAUACAAAUAUUGUCUCUUUGCGGAUGAUCUCUGUCUCGAGUCCGUGGACCACCCCGGUAGUCACAGGCCAGCCGUAAAGCUUCUGUGCAAGGACUGGGAGUCCCCAUAUCUCCCAGAGGAGAGGAACUACUCAGUUCCGGCCCCAUUCCAUGAUGGUGCCACCGAGUACGACGAGGAAGAUGUGGGCUGGAUGUACAUGCCGCUGGCCUACUACAUAGACAAGUAUGACUUGCUUGGAAAACAUGACUGGGAUGACCAGUAUGUGAGACCUCCAUACAUUGAUGGGUUUGAGAACGAGGAGAGAUUUAUAGGGCAUUGGAGACAGAAAUCGUUAAGCGAGGAGGUCAAAGCCACUAGUGAACCUUCUCUCUAG